AUGGCACUUUGUAGCACCUUUUUCAACUUCAACAUUCACAUCAUCAAACACAAAAAUGGUCCAUCUUGUCCUCGUUUUCAACUCUAUCAGAAGUUUGAUAGCAAGAUUCCCAUCGAUCAAAUCAAACGAAGAGAGCUCAUGCCGAGGAGUGGAGAAUUAGCAACCAUUGGUGCCAUCUUCAACUUUAGUGGUAAAAAGCCUGAUUAUCUUGGAGUACAGAAAAAUCCACCAGCACUGGCACUGUGUCCAGCAACUAACAAUUGCAUAUCAACCUCUGAAAAUGUCACUGAUCGCACACAUUAUGCUCCUCCAUGGAACUACAACCCUGAAGGUAGGAAAGAUCGUGUGAACAGAGAAGAGGCCAUGGAGGAACUGAUAGAUGUGAUAGAAUCAACAAUACCACCAGAAAAGUUUACACCAAAGAUAGUAGAAAGGACAGAAGACUAUCUUAGAUUGGAGUACCAAAGCCCAAUCUUGGGGUUAGUGGAUGAUGUUGAGUUCUGGUUCCCACCAGACAAGGACUCGAUUGUGGAGUAUCGAUCAGCAUCCCGGUUUGGAAACUUUGAUUUUGAUGUGAAUAGAAAGAGAAUCAAGGCAUUGCGACUAGAGUUGGAAAAGAGAGGAUGGGCAUCUCAAGACUCAAUAUGA